CUCCCUCUCUCUCUGUCUCUCUCUCUCUCUCUCUCUCUCUCUCUCCCUCUCUCUCUCUCUCUCUCUCUCUCUCUCUCUCUCUCUCUCUCUCUCUCUCUCUCUCCCUCUCUCUCUCUCUCUCUCCCUCUGCCUCUGCAGCGAAGGGCUAUAUCUGCGGCACCACUGUCACUUUCACGACCACACAGGGACAUGUACUGACGCCGAGGGGAGGACUUGAUCGUAACCUGCUCUCGAAGGCGGCAAAUUGAUUCCAGCAUCAUUUUUUUGUGGAUUAUUAUUUAUUUUCAACAACAACAACAAAAGCCAACGAUGGAGGAAUCCAGCUCACAGAAGUUGGUUUGGGACGGAGACGCCAAAGCAGUGCAGCAGUGUCUAACGGAUAUAUUCACCAGCGUUUAUACCACAUGUGACAUUCCGGAAAAUGCCAUUUUCGGCCCUUGUGUUUUGAGCCACACGUCGUUGUAUGACAGCAUAGCCUUCGUAGCGCUCAAAUCAACGGAUAAACGAACGGCGCCUUACAUAUUCCGGGUGGACACGUCAGCAGCCAACAGCACGUCGGAGGGCUUGAUGUGGCUGCGGCUCGUGCAGUCGGCGCGGGACCGGGACGAGCAGAACCUCGAGGCCUACGUGAAGAACGGACAGCUGUUCUACCGGUCUCUCCGGAGGAUCGAGAAGGACGAGGAGCUGUUGGUCUGGUACGGGAAAGACCUGAUUGAGCUGCUGCUGCUGCUCAGUGCCGGUAAAGCGCCGGUCAAGGCCAAGGGGUCCACUCCCUACUCCUGUCCUGACUGCAACCAGCGCUUCCAGUUUGAGUUCCCCUUCCUGGCCCAUCUGAGGUUCCGCUGCACCAAGAGACUACAGAGCAUGGCGGCAGGCAGUGUGGACGAGGAGGUCCCCAGUAAGGAGCCAAGCACUGAGCGCCCUAACACCAACCCUACCACCACCGCACCCACCAGAGCUAGCCCUAAACUGGGCCGCUCGGAUGGGGACAGCGCCAAACCCUCCACAGACUUCCAUAACCUAGCCAGAGACCUCGAGAACAGUCGCACCAGUCCGCCGAGCGACCGUGAGGCUGAGAUCCGCAGCGAGAGCUCUGGGAAGAGGAAGUUCUCCGAUGUGGAGGACAGAGUGAGGGAUGGUAGCAGGGCCUCUCUGAGUCUGUCUCAGUCUCACAAGUCUAAGGAGGAGCUGGCUAGCUCAGCACAGAACUAUCGGGGAGUGUACGGCCUGGAGGAGAAACGACGAGGGCCGACGUUCUCCCCACCAGGGUCGGGAUCCACUGAGUCAGGCGGUGAGGGUAAACGCAGCGCCUUCACAGAAGUCAAGAAGUCUCCACAGAGCCUAAAGACGCACGGUACCAGCGGCGGCACCAAAAACCUCCAGAGCUCCAACGUCGAGAACAAGGACGGCGGUCGGCCCGGCCCCGUCAACAACCCUCCCCAGGAGAAGCAUCUCAACAUCAGGCAGGUUCUGUCGGAGACUCAGCCUGUCCAGCCACAGACCCGCAUGGAGGCCUCUCCGCUAGGGAGCGCCUUCACCUCCGUAGCCCAGCAUGGUGGGGGGAACAGCGGAGAGAGGAAGAGCGCUUUCAGCCAACCCUCCCGCCACGCUACCUCCUCCUUCUCCCAGAUCUCUCCUCUGGUCAUGACCACGCCUAAACUGCUGGACUGCCACCCGGCGGUGGGUGACACCAUCUCCUCCUCUAGACUCUACCAGGCUGACCACCUGGCCGCCAAACUCCACGGCGCCGAGCUGGGCGCCAACUGCCCCGUGCCAGGCGCCAUGUCCAAGCAGAGCCCGUUCCUCUACGCAGCGGCUGCUGCCACAGCCUUCUGGCCUAAGAGCCAGGGCCACAUCCAGCUGCAGAUGCCCUCAGCAUUAACCUUACUCCCCCCCUCCUUCACCUCUCUGUGUCUGCCCGCCCAGAACUGGUGCGCCAAGUGCAACGCCUCCUUCAGGAUGACCUCUGACCUGGUGUACCACAUGAGGUCGCACCACAAGAAGGAGUUCGCCAUGGAGCCGAUGGUUAAGAGGAGGCGGGAGGAGAAACUCAAGUGUCCAAUCUGUAACGAGUCGUUCAGGGAGAGGCACCACCUCUCGCGUCACAUGACCUCCCACAAUUGACAUUCAGAUCAAUAACAGACCGUUUUCACACUGCUAGGGGGGCGAACCGAGUCGAGCUGUACUGGCCUGGUUACGGAAUUGCAUUUUGAUGAAGGAAGCCUUGCUUAAAAGGACAGUGUGUAAAGAAUAUACUGUAGACGAACCAGCACAGUAAGGUUUGGCCACUGACGUUGCUGGGAUGGACCAUAAAGGACUAUGGGAAAAUAGUAUACCCGUGCCAGGCCAGCACAGCACGGUUUGAGUCGGCACGAUAGUGGGAAAAGGGUAUCACAUCACAGACCAUGGGGAGGAACUUUUUUGCUGACUGACUGGCUGAGUGGGUAUAUGACUGGCUGGCUGUCUGACACUGACUGGCUAUAUGACUGGCUGCCUAUAUGACUGGCUGGCUGGCUGGCUAUAUGAUUGGCUGGCUGGCUGACACUGACUGGCUAUACGACUGGUUGACUGGCUGGCUGGCUAUAUGACUGGCUGGCUGGCUGACUGACUGGCUAUAUAACUGGCUGACUGGCUGGCUGACUAGCUGACUGUCUAGCUGGCUAUAUGACUGGCUGGCUGGCUGGCUGGCUGGCUGACACUGACUGGCUGACUGCCUGACUGGCUGACUGGCUGGACAUACACCACUUAAAUGAGCACUUGUUUUCAACACAGACAAUUAUUAUCAUUCCUUGAGUCUGUUUUUGCUUUCUUCUUAAAAUGUCAUGUUUCUUUAUGCUAAUGAAUUUUGACUUCAGAAAUGAAUUAAUUUAUCUUAUGAAGCACUUACAAUUUGGUAAAUAAGGGAAAAUAAGAAUAUGUGUAUUUAAAUGUACAGUACGUUUGGAUUUUAUAUUAUAUAAAGACAUAUAUAGAAAAUGAUAAAUAAAAAAUAAUUACAUUACACGGUUUACUAUUCAAUACGUUUUUUUUCAUGUUCACUUUAAAAGGCUGGAUGAUAUUGACACAAAGGAGGAUAUGACGUCAGACAGACUGACUAUAUUUCAGAGUGCACCGUGUGACAAUAGGUAUUGAUGCAAUCUAUACAGUUACGAUGUACAUACCUGGUUUGUUUGAAAUACAAAGUGUAAUAUUUUGUGUCAGUGGGGAAUACAGUAGUUUCAGUGUUUCUUUCUUCAUGCUGAAAUUCACUACUUGAUAGUUUACCUGAUCAUGUUGAAUGAUUUGACAAUAAAAUAGCUUUAUUUUCA